CCUACAGUUUGACAUUCCAUCGAUUACGUAGCAGGCAGCCAUACUUGUUUUGAUAGGUCUGUUUUGAAAACAAAGAAAAAAAGUAUACACUUGAAGAUGGGCAAGAUAUUCCUGGACCAUAUUGGAGGCACUCGCCUGUUUUCAUGUGCAGCGUGUGAUGUAAACCUGACAAAUCGUUCAGAACUAAUCAGUACGAGAUUCACUGGAGCCACAGGUCGUGCUUUCCUCUUCCAUAAAGUGGUGAACCUGGUAUACUCAGGAGUGCAGGACCGAGUGAUGCUGACUGGUCGUCACAUGGUGCGGGAUGUCUCCUGCAAGAAUUGUUCCACCAAGCUUGGCUGGGUUUACGAGUUUGCUACUGAGGAGAACCAAAGAUACAAGGAAGGUCGCGUUAUCCUGGAACGAGCGCUGGUCACGGAAAGCGACGGCAUAGAGGAAAUACAAGUUAACGACGAUUAGAUUUAUAAUUUUAUAUAUUUUAUACUACAUUCCCUUGUAUGUACUUGUUGGACAAGCAAGCAACACAAAACCAUCACAGGUUUUUUUUGUUAAGUAUGGCUUCUCCCUCUUUUGGUAGCAGGGAUAUAGUCAAUGUUUAAUCCUAGCAAGUCAGAAGCUGUAAGUUUUUUAAAGCAAAUAUGUGCAAAAUCCUUGAUUUAGAAUUGCUUGUCGAACAUGUGUAUGCUUGGAGAAGUCUCAUUAAGUUUUAUAUCUAAAGUAACGCCAACGUAACAAGAUAAAACCCUUAAUUUUUGUCUUAAUUUUUGUAACAAACACAUCACAAAAUACGGAGGGAUAAUUCUUAACGGUUUGUUAGAUUAGACAAACUAUGAAUCACACCAAAAGAAUGUAAACAAACAUUCGGUGUAGCAACCACUGCCUUUGUCAACCAACAGAUAACAUUAGGUAUGGCUACCUCAAUGUCCAGAUUGUCCCAUAGAAGAAGGAAAGUGAUACUAAUUGCAGGCUGUACCAAUAAAUUCAGUAUAGAACAGCUUGUUUGCCUAUAUUGUUAUCUCGUUUCGUUGGCUUUACUUUACACAUAAGUAUUUAUUUUAAAUCCUAUGUCUUCGAAACUCGCCGGCUACGGCGGUUCAGUUCUAGAUUUGUCUGUGGAUUAAAAAAAUGUACUUAUUAGUGAGUAACACUAAUAUUUUUACCGAUGACACUGGUUAUACCAUAGUACAGUCAACCAAUCGGAAUCCUUGGCGACUGUAGAACCGUUUCACAGUAAAAGUCAAACUGACUUCUAUAGCAAAUAAAGCACGGUGUCAAUGCGACAGGGUUUGACACAGAGUGGCCUAGGAUUCUAAUUGGUUGACUGUACCUUCAAUCUUCAUAUUGAUCUUAUUUAAUUCAUUUCAAUCAUCUUGAAUCAAUCAAUAUGAGUGAGUUCUCUGUGGCACUCGACUUCACCAGUUUUCAUUUCACAUAAGUUACAUUACGAUUAGGUACUUCCGUUUUAUCCAACUGACAAUGGUUUAUUUUGUGAUAAUGAUAAUAUAGAUAUUAUAGUUAAUUUGGCGAUGUUAAAUUUAUGAUAGCCUGAGCCUAUAUUUUACUUCAGAGCCUAUUUGAAAAAAAAAGUAGGCAAUGUAGAUAAGACUUGGACUAAGAAAGCUUACUAUUUACAUUCCUGCGUACUGCAUUGCAGUUAGUCUCGCAGGCCAUAGCUCGUACACUGCUUUUAAGCAUAAAACUAUCGCGACUAGCCUGGAAAAAAAAAAGAGUAGAAAAUAAUAGGGGCGCCACCAUCUAUGUAAAUCGCUUCGCAUGUGGCAACUAUUUUGACACUUCUGUAUUAGAAAAGUGUUGCUAUAAUAAAAAAAAUAGUUCAAAUUCUACUCUUUUUUGCCAAGCUCUACUUGUAGCCGCAGGACGCCAAUGACAACCUUGUGCAAUGGACUGCAAGCGGUGGGCUUGCUUCCAAGGGAUCCUUCGGGGUUUCCGCCGUGCAGUGCUUAAUAACCUACACAAUCCUGCAUAGGUGGAUAGCAAACUGGAAUGCAGUGCAGUGCAGGAAUAUGAAUGGGAGGCUUAUGAAAGGUCAACUGGGGUAAAUGGUCUAUGGGAUAAUUAUGGAGAUCCGUUAUUUCUCAACUAGAUCGGAGCGCGCUGAAUUUUACGUUUUACUCUCCCAGUAAAUCUAGCAUUCAUCACUUUACGACACGAUACGGGAAUUUUCUUAAAAAUAACAAGUAUUUACCUUCUCCUAUAAUAAUCCCAUGGUGACAUUUACCCCUUUCGACCUUUAUUAUAAAUGUUGUGGUUUUUUUAUUAAGUUAGAAAUUAAGAGUUAUGUAAGAAUAUCUACAGAUCGAAAUAUGUAUCUACACAUUUUGUAAUUAUUCUGUAAUAUUAAUUAAGAGGCAUGUAAUUAAGGCAAAUAAUAGGUGUCUGGCAUUUCUACCGCCUGUCAAAAUAGAGUAGAAAUUAAUAGGGGCGCCACCGUCUAUGUAAACCGUUUUGCAUGUGGCAAUUAUUGCGUCACUUUUGUAUGAGAAGUUGAGAACAGUGUUGCAAUGAUAAAAAAAAUACUUAAAUUUCUACUCUAUUUUGCCAGGCAAUGCCGUUUAACCCCAUAAAACUACCUACAUACUUUCUGAUGAAGCAUUUUAUGGUGUAGGUACUAUCGUUAACACGUUGCCUGCCUACAACCUUCUAGGUGGGUUAGGGUGAAGUCACAUCUAUUAGCAUCGAGCCGCAUUUAGUGUAUGAAAAAUCGCUCGUUAGUAUGAUGAACAUGCGUACGCAUGCUUUCAGCUUCCCGAUGCGUAAGCGUUUUUAUACUAACGAGCGAUUUCUCACACAAAAUGCGGCUCGAUGCUGAUAGAUGUGACCAGUUGACCACCCUUAUCGACUACGUUCGUAGCGCGUAGUUCCGCGCUGGCAGUGAAUCUGUUAACUUUAGUAUCUACUUCUAGACAACUUUUCAAACUAGUUCAUGUUUUUUUUUUGCUAUACGUUUCUCGUUAUUAUGUUACUAAAUAGAGAAUUAUAGAAACGGUUUCAAACAGGA